AUGGGAAUCCCAAGCACCUCUGAGUCACCAACAGAUCACUUGAAGAACCGGGUCAUUGUAUUCAUGAAUGGAAAAGCUCCAGUAAUAUGCUUGGAGAGAUACAUCUAUAAGAUGCGUUCAAAUGGAGCUGUUAGGCAACAGUGCAAGCGUUGUUUGACAUACUUUGACUGCAAUGUCAUAUUCAUAUAUGUCAAGGCUAUGAAUGGAUCAGCUGAGGAUGCAAACCAACUUCCCAUUGCAAACUUCAUGGCCAUUCCCGAACAACAUGUUGUAGAUGCUGAAACCAGGCGAGUGCUGGUGAAGGCAUCUUCUGCUGCACAAUGUGGAGAACAAGUCUUUCCUAAACAGCACAUUAGUUCUGCAGCUGCUCAAAAACUUACCAAUCUCCCCCUCAAAGCAACCAUCCCAGGCAACCAUCUGACCAGGCUCUAA